AUCGGAUCUGUGUCCUGUUGCACGUGUGAUUGUUAGUGGAUUUCCCGACUCGAAUUGAACGGUCUUGGCGAUCGAUUUUAUCCACAACAACCUCCAACUCUUUUGACAUAAUUUCGAAGACCUAACGCCUUAGAUUUGGCACUAGACAUUGUUUAAAUUAUAAUUCACAGCACAACACCACACAGCAGUAUCACCACACAUCAUAGCAUACCUUGAAUAUGGGUUCUACAGAACCACCAGUGUAACUCUCCGCACACCGCUCAAUUACCAUUCUGACCGCAUUCCAUAGUUUCCCUCCUGUCAGGGCUUGCAUCUUUGACAUGGAUGGAUUGCUAAUAAAUACGGAAGACAUAUACUUGGCUUGUUCAAAUGAGCUCUUGGCGAGAUAUGGCCGUCCAAACUUGCCCUGGAGUGUAAAGGCACAAUUCAUGGGCGUUCCAGGCUCAUCUACGGGUGGUCCAUUUUUCGAAUGGGCCCAGCUUCCUAUAUCUCGAGAGCAAUUCACCAAGGAGCAAAAAGAGAUUCAGCGCACACGAUUCCCCCAAUGCAAGCCGCUACCUGGCGUCAAAGAUCUCCUGUCGCACCUGGAGAAAGCGUACAACACGAAUGGCCAGAAGGUUCACUUUGCUAUGGCAUCAAGUACAACUAAGGAGAACUUCGACCUGAAAGCCCAGAGCACCGAAACUAGUGAAAUUUAUAAACUCUUUCCCGACAAUCGACGAGUCCUAGCAGGUGAUCCACGGGUGAAAGAAGGGAGAGGAAAGCCGGCACCGGAUAUCUUCCUGAUGGCGCUGCAGACUAUCAAUGAGAGUCUUCCAGAAGGUGAAAAUCCCAUCACACCGGACGAGUGCCUAGUGUUUGAGGAUGCAGUGCCUGGAGUUGAAGCUGGACGGAGAGCGAAGAUGAGGGUUGUGUGGGUUCCGCAUCCUGAGCUCGCGUCUGAGUUUAAGGGGAGAGAAGAUCAUGUUCUUGCUGGCAGGAUUGGACUGGUUCCAAUUGGCGAUGAGUGGCAGUUGGGUGAGAUUGGGGAUGGAUGGGGCGUUCGACUGGCGAGCUUGGAGAAGUUUCCGUACGAGAACUACGGAAUUCGGGUCUAGUUUGUUGGAAUGACUAGAUCCAAUUGCCCUUUUGUGAGCAUAAAGGUACCUCAAUUCUGAUAGAGAGUAGACAUAGAUAGAAUGCAUGGCUUUGAUCAAGUGAC